UCACCUGGGUGCUGCUGUCUGCUGCCACUAGAACUGCAAAUCGUAUGGCUCCUGUAAUCCGAGUUCAACCCUUCCUGUUUCAUGUGAUUUAGCGCAUGAUCUUUGGUGGGAAGUAGGUCUUCUAGAUUCGUCUUUCGUAUUAAGGAUUUUUCAUAGCAGGCUGUGAUCUUAUGGAACCUGACAGGUUAAAUUCCCCAACCACAUUUGAGAUGCCGUUGGAGGUUUUGGGCCAUGAGCUGCAGUUUUCCCAGGAUCCCAAUUCCAAGCACUUAGGGACUACAGUAUGGGAUGCAUCACUUGUGUUUGUCAAGUUUCUGGAACGGAAUUGCAGAAAGGGAAGGUUUUCCCCAGCCAAACUGAAAGGAAAACGUGUAAUUGAACUAGGGGCUGGCUGUGGGGUUUCUGGUGUUGGCAUGGCUUUGCUGGGGUGUGAUGUUGUAGUGACAGACCAAAAGGAGGUUUUGCCAUUGUUACAGAGAAACGUUGAGCGUAAUAUUUCGAGGAUCAUGCAAAAGAAUCCUGAGUCAUUUGGUUCAAUCCAGGUUUCUGAGCUUCAGUGGGGAGAUGAGAGUCACAUUAAGGCUGUUGGUCCUCCAUUUGACUACAUUAUUGGCACUGAUGUUGUUUAUGUAGAGCAUCUAUUGGAGCCUCUGUUGCAGACAGUACUUGCUUUAUCUGGACCUAGGACUACAAUUAUGUUGGGCUACGAGAUCCGUUCCACUUGUGUCCAUGAGAAGAUGCUUGAAAUGUGGAAAAGAAACUUUGAUAUUAAGACUGUCCCAAAAUCCAAGAUGGAUGAAACAUUUCAACAUCCAAGUAUUCAACUCUUCAUUAUGGGAUUCAAAAAUUCAGCAGAGUGCACAGAGAGCUCAGGUCAGACAAGUGUUGAAAAGGUUGAUGUUGAAACUGGUGUGGAGGAUAAAAACAAUGAGGAAAAUGUUAUGGUAGAAGGGUCUGGUCUCGUUGAGGAAAAUGUUGAGGAUCAAAGUAAGAAAACCCCUCAAAAUGCAAAGCUUAGUGAAUGGGAAGCCAGAAGAUAUGGCUCAAUUGCAGCAAGGAUUUUGCGAGAUGUAAAAAUAUCCGGAUUUUGAGGGUUAGUCCGAUUCUAUGGGACAUUUAUUGCCAUAGUAAAUAUAGUAUAUCAUAACGGUCAUAUUCAUAUGCAUAGGCUUCAAGUAUUAGUGUAUCAGUACUCAUAAAUUAUUUGUUUUGGUUAGCUUUGAGAUUUUGAAACUAGACCACUCCCCCCCCCCCCCCCCCCCCCACACCACCCCUCCUCUUUCCCUUUUUUAAAAAAACAAAAGAUGUUUCCAAG